AAAUAAUAUUUUGUUUCCAUCUCCUUGACCAGAGGUCAGCCAGAGAUUUCCAACCACUCACCCAAAUGGCCGGCAAAUUAUGCUCACUUAUCUGUUGCCAUGGCUACGUAACAUUGAACUAGUGGAUGGUGGACUUCUGCCCAUUAUGUCAAACCCACAAACUCCUGAUGAACAAUCUAACUACAAGGAGGAAGAAAUGAUUGAGGAAUGUGGACUGAAAGGAAAUGGCUGGGGGUCUCCACAAGCCACUUCACUGGUUCUUAAUAAUCUCAUGUACAUGACUGCCAAGUAUGGGGAUGAAGUUCCUGGAUCAGAGAUGGAAAAUGCCUGGAAUGCACUGGUAGACAAUGAAAAAUGGAGCAAUAAUCUCAGAGUUGCCCUGCAAUUUCUGAUCAGCCUUUGUGGAGUUAGCAGUGACACACCUCUUCUGUUGUAUAUAAAAAAAGUAAUAAUCUACUUAUGCCGUAACAACACUAUUCAGACAAUGGAAGAGUUAUUGUUUGAAAUGCAGCAGACAGAACCUGUAAACCCUGUUGUCCUGCAUUGUGACAAUCCACCUUUUUAUCGCUUUGCUGCAAGCAACAAAACUUCCACAGUUGCAUCAGGGACUACGUCUAGCACCAAUACUCUGGUAGCUGGACAGGAGAGUUUCCCAGAAAUUGAUGAGGGACGAAUGAUGAAAGAAACUGAUGAAAGGUUCAACAAUGUUGUGAUAAGAGCUCAUUCUCGUCUUGAAUCCAGGUACAGCAACAGUUCUGGUGGAUCCUAUGAUGAUGAAAAAGGUGACCCAAUGCCUCCUUAUGCUAGUUGGUUGAUGAAAACUGUGGAAGCUAACGUACCACAGCCUCUGCCAAUGCCAAUAAAUGGAGGAUGCUGGGCCCCCCUUGUGGAUUACCUCCCUGAAACCAUCACACCUCGUGGACCACUGCAUAGGUGUAAUAUAGCUGUCAUCUUCAUGACAGAGAUGGUGGUUGAUCACAGUGUUAGAGAAGACUGGGCUCUGCAUCUGCCGCUGUUAAUUCAUGCACUCUUUUUGGGUCUUGAUCAUUAUCGUCCAGAAGUGUUUGAACACAGCAAAAGAUUACUUUUGCACCUCUUGAUAGCCUUAUCAUGCAAUGACAAUUUCCAAUCUGUGGCUGCCGUUCUUCUGCUUAACAGAGAAGUCAGCGAAAGUAAAACACUCACAGUAAAACCAGCUUACCCACCAGAAUAUCUCUGUUCAGGUGGUUUUGACUUCUUAAGAGAGUAUCAGUCCUCUCCAGUUCCAGAUUCAGGUUUAAGCUCAAGUUCCACAUCUUCCAGUCUCAGCCUUGCUGGUAGUAGUGGGAACCUUCCUCAAAUCUCACAGGAGAUGGAAGAGAUUGAAGCUGCAGCUGAAAUAGAUGAGAAGGCUCACAAGCUAAUUGAGUUUUUAGCAAACAGGCCAUUUGGACCUCUUUGGUGCCAUGAAGAUAUUACUCCAAAGAAUAACAAUUCAAAAAGUGCCGAAGAAUUAACCAACUUCCUCCGUCACGUUGUGUUUGUAUUCAAAGAUAUAAAAUCAGGCUGCUGUAUGGAACAGCGAUUGAGUGAAGUUGCUCUACAAACAGCACUUUCUAGCUCUUCAAGGCAUUAUGCAGGUCGCUCAUUCCAAAUCUUCAGAGCUUUGAAGCAACCUUUGUCUGCACAUGCUUUAUCUGACCUCCUGUCGAGACUUGUAGAAGUUAUAGGAGAACAUGGUGAUGAGGUUCAGGGUUAUGUAAUGGAAGCACUCUUGACACUGGAAUCAGGCAUUGACAAUUUGGCAGAUUGUUUGAAGAACAGUGAUCUUUUAGCUGUUCUAUCCAGAUCAUCCUCUCCUGAUUUCAUGAUGAAUACCAAACUAGCAUCAAGUUGUAAGAGCACUGGGCAGCUAAAUCUAACAUCAGGCAUAUUGAACAGUGGUGGAAUUACUACCGAACGCAGCAGACAUCAACGAAGCUUUUCUGUGCCAAAAAAGUUUGGUGUUUCAGACAGAUCUUCUGAUCCUCCACGUAGUGCUACUUUGGACCGCAUCCAGGCAAAUGGUCAAGCCAUUGUGUCAAAAACCCGAAGCUCAUCCUCUCUUAAGGACAGCAUAAUUGAUCCAACUAAUAUUAAUAAUCCCAUGAAUCUUUUGGCCACUGUUUUCUGGUCUGCUGUAGCACUGAUGGAGUCAGACUUUGAAUUUGAAUACCAAAUGGCACAGCGGUUGUUAACUAAACUUCUGGUUCAUCUUCCUUUGGAUAAGACUGAAACUAGGGAGAAACUUGAAAAACUACAAGGGCAGCUGAAAUGGACAAACUUCUCAGGAUUACAGCAGCUACUGCUAAAAGGAUUUACAUCCAUAUCCACUACAGACCUAACUCUACAACUCUUCAGCCAACUGACUCCUGUCUCUCGAAUCUCCGUGAUCGAUUUAACACAAGCGAUAGGAUUUCCCUUGAAUGUUCUCUGCCUUCUUCCACAUCUGAUUCAGCACUUUGAUAACCCUACCCAGUUCUGCAAGGAUUCUGCAGAUCGCAUAGCUCAGGUCUGUAUGGAAGAAAAGAACCCUAAGCUUUCCAACUUAGCACAUGUAAUGACUUUGUAUAAGACACACAGCUAUACACGAGACUGUGCUACAUGGGUGAAUGUUGUUUGUCGUUACCUCCAUGAGUCCUUUGCUGAAAUUACUUUGAACUUGGUUACAUACAUGGCGGAGUUGUUGGAUAAAGGUCUUCCCAGCAUGCAACAGUCAUUACUGCAGAUCAUUCACAGUCUUCUAAGCCAUGUAGAUUUAUCAUCUAUACCUGUAAAACAACUUAACAUGGAAGUCCUGAAGAUCAUUGAAAAAUUUAUUCAGAGUGCCCACUGGAAAGAAGCCUUAAACAUUCUUAAGUUAGUAGUCUGUCGGUCUGCAAGUCUGGUCCUACCAUCUAAUCAGCAUAGUGACCCACCUCAAGUGGAUAUGCAUCGAAUGUGGAAAAACACUUCAAAGGAAUUACCAGGGAAGACACUGGAGUUUCACUUUGAUAUUUCUGAGGUAUUUUGUGUCCAUGAGCUCCUCUUCUGGCACCACAUCCUUUCUACUACAAAACUGCUUCCACCUGCAUAACAUCAUACAACUGUGCCCUACCUCAUCCCACCCCACUUAAAACAAUCAUCCAUGCCUUUGUCAUCUGCAGACUUGAUUAUUCCAAAGUUUCCCUGCUGGCUGCCUAUUCACAACUUUUCAUGAACCCAUUCAAAAUUUAUGUUCCUCUUGAGCUACGUUGGUGCCAGUCCCUCAAUAUUUCCAAUUUAAAAUGUUUAUCUUUGUGUUUAAAUCCACUCUUGUUUUUUUCUCUUUUGUUCUCACUAUAUUUUCUUUAUCCUUCCAACUUCCAUAUGAACAUUCAAAGUAGGAGUAGAAGUGGAUCAUUUAACCUCUCAAGCUUGCUGUGCCAUUUAGUAAGUUCAUAGCUGAUCUGUUGUGUUCUUGCCUGCCCUUAAUACCCCUAAUUCCCCUGCCUAACAAAAAAACUAUUCACCUCUAUCUUAAAAAUAUUCAAUGACCCUGCCUCCACAGAUUGCUGAGGCAGAGUUCCAAAGUAUCUCAAUCUCAGAGGAAAACAAUAGUCUCCUCAUCUCUACCCUAAAAGGUUGAUGUCUAGUUUUAAGACAGUGCCCCCUAGUUCUGUACUGAUCACAGAGAAAAUAUUGUUUCCAACUCCACUUGUCAAGACCUUUUUAGGAUCUUAUAUGCAUAAAUCAGGUCACCCCUCAUUCUUCUAAACUCCAGUGGAAAUGCCCUCAGUUUGUCCAACCUAUUCCUCAUGAGACAACACACUCAUUCUAGGUAUCAAUCUGUAAACCAUGUCAGAACUGCUUCAAUUGCAAUUGCAUCUCUGCUUAAAUAAGAAGACCAAAACUGCACAAAAGCGUUUGAGAUGUUGUCUCACCCAUGCCUUGCAUUACUGAAGCCUAACGUCCUUUGUUUAACUUUGAUGUUCAAUUCCUCUCAUAAUAAAGGGUAGCAUCCCAUAUCCUUCCCGAUGAUGAAUAGUACCUGUAUAUAAUUUUUUUAUGACUCAUGCCCCAGAGCACAUAAAUCUCUUGGCACCUUGGAUUUCUGCAGUGAUUCUCUAAUGAGGUAAUAUUCUGCUUUUUUAUUCUUCCUACCAAAGUCAACAACUUCACAUUUUACUAUGUUAUACUCUAACUCCAGAUUUUUGCUCACUCAAACUAUCCAUAUCAGCUGUAACUUCCUUAUUUUCUACACAACAUAACUCCUGAUCUAGCUUGGUGUUCUCUGCAAAUUUAGCUACCAACCCUUUGCUCCCCUCGUCUAAGUCAAUUACUGAAAUGGUAAAAUGUUGAGACCCCAGCUGAGCACAGACUCCAUUAAUCACAUCCUGCCAAUCACACAAAGCCUUAUCUUCCACCUUGGGACCCUCCAACCACUCGGCAUCAAUGU